AGUAUUAUAAAAAUCGAAACUUCUAUCUCGUUUUCUCUUUCUCUCUUCGUUUACCACCGGUCUCCAUGGCAACUCUGCUCACUCGGGCGGCGACUCAUUGAGCUUAGAGAGCCCAUUUCUUCCAAUGGAGCGAGUCAAUGGAGAGGAUAUCUGGCAAGACCGGGAGAUUCGGUUCGAUGUAGAUCAUAAACUUCUCCGCCUAAUCAAUGGGGAAAUCCAGGUAGCGAAGAUUGAGCACGUGGAGGACACCAAAGGAAACAAUGGAGACAGAGGAACGAUGCGAGUCACCAACUUACGCCUAAUCUGGCAUGCCGCCUCAAUGCCUCGGAUCAAUAUCACGAUUGGGUGGAAUGCGAUCACCGGAGUACAGAGCAAACAGACUACUUCGCUAGUCACAAGAAACCGUGGUAUAUCCAAUGAAGCAAUCUACGUACUUGCCAAAGUCUCGGCGACCACUACAAAAUUUGAGUUCAUCUUCACCACCACAAAUCCUGCAUCUCAUUCGAAACUUUUCAAUACGAUCUCAUCAAUCAGCAGAGCCUACGAGACCACCAAAAUGUACAGAGAGCUCAAAAUGCGCGGGGUGUUUAUUCGUGAGGACGGAACUCUGAAGAUCCUUCCACAAGAGACGAUCAUCGAGAAGGUGAACGGUGUCUGGAAUCUGUCGACGGAGACUGGAAGUCUCGGAGUCUUUGUGAUCACGAAUAUUCGUGUCGUUUGGUACGCAGAGAUGAACAUCGGAUACAAUGUUUCGGUCCCCUACAUUACUCUAUAUUCAGUCAGAGUUAGAGAGUCCAAGUUUGGAAUGGCGCUGGUUCUUGAGACAACUACCAGCAGCGGAGAGUACGUGUUGGGAUUCAGAGUUGAUCCUGCUGAACGUCUACAAAAUCUUCUGAAAACUGUACAAUCACUUCAUAAGGCGCAUUUGUUGAAGCCAAUCUUUGGAGUUUCGUAUGUCAAGGAGAUUGCCGAGAAAGUAGAGCCCCGCAAGGACGACGAUGAAAUCGACAUCAUAGACAACAACGAAGAUGACGUAGAAAUCGACGAUAAAAUCCGUCCCGACGCGUUUGCUUCAUACUUUGACGGGGAGCACACCGCGACUGACGAGAAGCAGCUACCGGUGCUCAACCCCGAGUUGGGAUUGGCGAUUGAACCGAUUCGUAACGGAUUCACUCUUCAUGAUCUUUGGAAUAUUCAUGUUGAUGUAUAACGUUUUUUUUUUUCUGAAGAUGAAUAUAUUUAUUUGGAGAA